ACCAUUAACUACAUCCUUUGCAAAUUCUACAUACUCAAAUACAGUCUACAGUCUAACUAUGGACUGCGUGUGAUCCCACCUACUCUGUCCCGGAAGAUAUGAAGCUGCGAUGAAAUGAUUGAGAUCGAAGUCCCAGCACGUCUCCGACGCGCAAUUCUGCAGAAUGAUGUCUUGCUGGUCAAGCGCAUCAUAAAGAAUAAUCCGACGUAUUUGGAGAAUCCAGAUUUUGAGGAUCGGAGUAAUACUUCAUUGCAUUUGGCGGCUAUUAAGGGGCAUUUGGAGAUUGUGAAACUUCUAUUAUCGCUCGGACAUGAUUCGUGCACUCCCAAUAUUGAUCGUACAGGAUAUGAUUCUGCGCCCGGCAUCAGUCUCAACAUCGAUGGUUCUACUGCCCUCCAUCUCGCCGCUGCCAACUCCCACCCGGACUGUGUCGACUUACUCUGUCGCACAUUCCCACAUACAGUCGACUGGAAAGACAAUGAAGGUCGAACACCGCUAAUGCUAGCUGCACAAAACUCGAAUCCCAGUCAUGCCCCGGUCACUGCCAAUAGCUCUUCCCACAUCCCCCCUCCGACCGGUCGUCGGCCCCGCGCAGUCUCUACGAAUUCGUCAAUAGCCUCUGAAGAUAUCGCUACUAUUACUAUACUACUUUCAUACAACGCUUCAGUGACGGCGACGGAUAUCGCGGGAAAUACGGCGCUACAUUAUGCAUCUGCUUGGGGAAAUUUGAAAGCUGUUCGUGCUCUACUUGCCGCAGGGACACCGCCGUUGUCUCCGAAUAAAGCGAAUUUUACACCGAUUGAUUAUUCGGUUACGAAACAGGCGGCGCAGUAUUUCCAGAGUCUGGCAAAUGAGUUGGAGACGUCGGAUCAACAACAGCAACAGCAGCCUCUAAAGCUUAAUACGGCUGCAACACGGCCGAUUGCGACUCCGCCGGAUGAAUCCAGGGCGGGCGGGACUCGAAUGUUGGGGUCUCCAAUGUCAUCUCCUGUCAAGAGUAGGGAUGUCGAGCAACGACAGAUGCAACAUCAACGUCAAUCGAGUAAUACGUCGCCUGUAAGGAAGAAUUUUGGAGGUCUUAGGCUGGUGAUUGACACCGAGAGUGCGGAGUAUGCGGAUAUGGAUGAUGUGCCUUCGACGGCGAAGAGGAUCGAGCGACCGUCUAUUGAAGAGUCGAGAGCGGCUACAUGAUUGUUUUUCUGCAUGGAUACAUAUUUGUUUUCGACGUAUCAUUGUUGAGCGAUGUAUACGAGAUUAUCGACUUCGUACAUAGUUUUGAGCAUAGAGAUGGUAAAUACAGCGUUUCGUAU